AUGGUAGCAUGGACAAGAGUGCGUGAUUUUUUUAAGCCAGGUAAAAUAUCAAGGAAAACCUUAACAGAUAACUGCAAUGAAUUUUCCAUGAUUAACAAACUAAAUUUGAAUUGUCGUUGUGACAACACUCAAACUGAUACAAACGCAGCAAACAAAAAAUGUAUCAAAUUUAAGAAACCAUCAUACAGUAAGCUAUCUAAUUUGAGCAAAUGUUCUAAUCCUGACUUGGGCUUAAGUGUAUUGUACACUCUUCGAAAUUUAUUUAGGUUUAAGAAAAAAAUUGCUACUGAUGAUAAAAAGUUGGAUGCACCACUUUUUGAGAUAAUAAUUGAUUCCAUUACCAAGCGCGUGAUAAACACAUCAGAGGUUAAAAAUAGACUUAUGUUGUUAAACCAACACAAGAAGGAAGGUCAUGCUAUGACGCAAGAGUGCUUAAAAAGUGUUGGUGAUUUAAAAGCAAAUUCGAAAAUAAAGGGAAAAGCCAUUUUAAAUAAAAUUUCUCAAAGUCCUAGUAAUUGUAUGGGUCCCUUAUUUGAAUUAAAAUUGGACUACAAUGAUAUGAGAAUAUUAAACUUACCCGAAAUUGAAAGCAAAAUACGUAAAAUGAGUUUGAAAUAUCCGACGAAAGUAGUCGAUUUAUUAGACAAAAAUUUAGGAGUUGGGAAUAAUAAUACAUUGAGCGGCUCAGAUUCGAAAUAUCUUCGAGAUAUAAGAUCAAAAAUAUCAUGUCUAUGGAAUCGAUUUUUAUGUAAAUCAGAAAACUAUACGUCACAAAAUAAAAACGAAAAUCAGCCGAAUAGACAUCCAUUUUUACCAAAAUAUGAUAACGCAAAUGAAAAUAUUAAAAAGACUUAUGAAUGUCGCUAUGUUACGACUAAGUUAAUAAACUCCGGCAGAAACACGCGUGCGUUAGACUCAUAUAAAAGAGUUAAUAAAAAUAAUUCGAAAAGUACAAAAGUUAACGGGAAAAUUAAGCAUAAAAUCAAUCAUAAAAUCAUUACUAAAUGGUUUUGCGAUAAAGUUAAAAGCAAACUCAUAAACUUGAAUAAAGAUAAUAAACAAGAUGGAAUAUUUAAUAGAACAAUUAAGAAAGAAGAAAGUAAUAAUAAAAUGAAACCAAAAGAAAUCCUUGCAUGCCACAGAGAUACUGUCAAUGCUAAUCAGCAGCAAGAUGAUUACUUUCAAAAAUCUCCAUCUUGA